GCACAUGAUAAUUAGCGGAGAUUUUCUGCCGUAUUUUGUCUGUUUAAAGCGCAGCUUUUUUCGGACAUCCCUGCAGCGUAAUACAAGCUGAAAAGGCGAACUAGUGGAUUUCUCCAAGGGUUAACGACUAGUCCAUGACAAUACACCCGACAUUCCGUCCGUGAGCAACAGGUGGUGAUUACGCGUAGCAAUGAGCGAAUUUCUGAAAGAUUUUUCCACGGGCUAGCUACUUAGUAUAUAGAAAUUUUGCCAGAGUUAAUCUAAAUUCACAAAAAUGUGUGCAGUUGAACAGGCUCAGUUAAAGGAAAGGUUUUUUAAUAACGACCAAUCGUUUAUAUGCCAUGCAUGUUUUUCUUUAGCUGGCAGUGAACACAAUGAUUGAAAUAAUCGCUAAUGUUUUUAUUUUGGUCCUCUGUUUAUACGGAAUAAUUCAUUUGGCCUGGAGAGUCUACACGUCGAAAUUGAAAUUUCUUCCUGGACCCUCUGAUCUGCCUAUCAUUGGAAGUGUUUUAGAAAUGGAAAGAGAACCACAUAAACUUUUUCGUCAACUGCAAGAAUAUCAAAAACAAUUUAAUUACGUUUUUAAAGUCUGGCUUGGAUAUGUGCCGGUUGUAGUCUCUGGAAAUGCCGAAUAUGCAGAAGCGAUAUUAAGUUGCAAAGAUCUGAUCAAGAAAUCUACGUUUUAUUGGACUUCCUUUGGAUGGCUAGGCACAGGACUGUUGACAAGCGAUGGAAGUAAAUGGAAAAACAGGAGGCGAUUAAUAUCUCCAACUUUUCAUUUUAAUAUUUUAAAUGAUUUUGUAAGCAUAUUUGUUAAACAUGCAGAAUCUUUAGUUGAGGCGUUGAAACUUAAAAGCGACGCAGACAAAGCUAUUGACGUGCAAGUUCCAAUUAGCCUUGCAACAUUGAAUGUAAUUUGUGAAACAGCAAUGGGUGUAAAAAUUGAUAUUCAGCAAUCCACAUCUGCUCAAUACGUGAAAUCUGUGCACUCUAUGACCCAGCACUUUCAAACUCGUCAGAAAUAUCCUUGGCUAUGGCCAGAUUUUAUAUACAAACUUACUUCCGCAGGACAAGAAUAUUACAAGGAUCUAAAAAUCGCGCAUGAUUUUACCAUUGAUGUCAUUAAAAAACGUGCACAAUCAAGAAAUCUAUCAAGCAAUAACAUUGAAUCAGCAGAUAACAAUUUUAAAAAAGUAUUCAUAGAUAUGCUUCUGGAUUUAUACGAUAAAGGAGAGAUCGAUAUUGAUGGCAUUCGUGAAGAGGUAAAUACAUUUAUGUUUGCAGGACAUGAUACUACAGCCACAGGGAUGGGAUGGAUUCUUUAUCUUCUUGGAAGACAUCCUGAAGUACAAAAGAAACUUCAUGCUGAAAUCGAUAGAGCUGACUUAAUACCUGGAAUUGUGCUUGAUAAAGUUCGUGAACUAAAGUAUUUAGAAUACGUCAUCAAGGAAGGACUUCGUUUACACCCUCCAAUACCUUUAAUUGCACGUGUUUUGGAAAAGGAUACCGCCAUUGGUAAGCAUGUUAUUCCCUCUGGUACGGAAAUUGCCCUGGAUGUUUAUGCACUGCAUUUGAAUCCAGAGUAUUGGGAUGAGCCUAAAACGUUUAAUCCGGAUCGCUUUGGUCAGGAAAAAUUCUUGAAGAGAAAUCCUUACUCAUAUAUACCUUUUUCUGCUGGCUCUCGUAAUUGCAUUGGACAAAAGUUUGCGAUGUUGGAGGAAAAGGUAUUUUUGUUUCAUAUUAUGAAGAACUUUCGCCUUACCUCCAUCCAAGCAGAAAAUGAGGUCGCAGAAUGUUGUGAGAUUAUUCACAAAUCCAAUAAUGGUCUAAUGAUCAAGUUUUCAUCAAGAUAAAGUUUUUAGUUAUUUAACCCUGAUAGAUUCGACUGAUAGAGCUGUGAUUGCAUAAACAAUCUCACUCAAUCCAAGAUAUGCAUAAAUUGAGAUGGUUUUGACUCGAUUCAAUAAGAAGAAGACGAAACUGCUUCCACAAAAAGGUUAUAUUUAUAAGACGCAAAUAUUAUAUUUAUCAUUAUCAGGGUUUUUUUCUGUAUAUAUUAUUUUAAUUUGCAUAAAAAUUACAUUUUGCUCUUUUUUUUUUGCGUUUUUAAAUUUUAUUGUGUCGAAAGAUCUUUUUUGUUUUGAUUUUGUUUAAUUUCACGUUUUCGUUUUCACAAGUUUUAAUUCGAUUUAAUUUACAAUUAAAGAAAGCGGAAAUAUAAAGAGAAUUAAACAAAAAAAAAACAACUUCAUUAACUUUUAAUUGAAUAAUGGAACAAAGGAUUUUAAUGCUUAUAGAAUUUAUGAUUUUUAAAAAAUUGCAUUUUUUAAUUACAGACUAUUUAUUAUGAUUAUUCUAUAAAAAAGAAAAGUUUAAAUCUAUUUGUUCACUCUAUUAUAAUGUUGUUAGCACAAUUACCCCUCGGGAAUAUUGCUUAAUUUUCAUGUAAUCAUCUUGCAAUGAGGAUCAAUAAACUAAGACGCGUAGCUAAUCCCUUAAACACGUUUUACAAAAUUUAUACUGAGAACAGAGCGCUAAGUAAUUGAUUAAUCAGCAAAUCAAGAGUACAGAAACUAAUAGUUUCAUGACCCUGGUGCACUUUUAAUGCUGAAAAUGUACAUAGUUUAAAUACAAUGACUUUUAUCCCUAUAGAUCAGGUUUUAGGCGCCUCUACAUGAAAUUUUUUUAGCCCAUGAACAAUAUUUGUGUGUUCAUCAACGCACUUUACCUGUUUCUACAAGGUAAAAUGUAAAAUGGCAA